AUGAAUCUGUUUAUCUCAGCUAAUAAAGCAAGACAGAGGUUAUUGAGGUUAUCUGAAACAACAGAGAAGCUUAAAAGGCGAGCAGCCGUCAGUGUUCAAGCCGGGAAAGAAAACGAGGCUCGAGAUCUGUUAUUUCAAAAGAAGAAGGUUAUGCAAGCUUUAGAUAAUACAAAGAGUCGAAUCGAGUUGCUUGAUGAGCUUGCAGCAAAUCUUAUUGAGGCAAUACCUCUUAAAGAUAGACAACUUGUUACCACAGUUUCUUCAGAUCUUGAAAUCGAAAAACAAGAUGAUGAAUCUCCGGUUAGGGUUAUGUCUCCAUCUCCUGAAAAUUCAGAAAAAGAUUCUCUGAAUAUGAAUGAUAAUCAGGAACUGCAAGAAAGAACCAAUGAGUUGUCCACAGAACACAAAACAGACGAUCUUGAAGGAUUUUUGGAAGGCCAUGGCAUUGACAACAACGAUGAGUAG